AUGCACGCAUUUGUCUUCGGACUUUCGGAUUAUUGCUAUUACAGUUUAGCGAAACGUCUUCUGACUCCAAAUGGUGCGCGGUUUGCGAUGUUUUCUUACUUGACUAGUUGGUUUGUAUGCUAUUGCGCUCCGAGAACAUUAUCGAAUUCUUUAGAAACUGCCUUGAUGUUGAUUUCUUUUAAGUGGUAUCCUUUUACUAAAGCUUCAGCUUCACUUCCUGUUAAAAGCUAUUGGUUUUACUUGGUGGUAGCAUUUUUUUCCAUUUUUAUACGUCCGACUGCAAUUUUAAUUUGGUUUCCACUGGGGUUAUGGCACGUUUUCCGACACAGCAAACCUUUUCAGCUAAUAAUUUUCACUAUAUUUGCUGCAUUUAUUCCGUCUUUCUUAAUAACUUUUGUACUUGAUUCUUUGUUUUACGGUUUUCCAGUACUUACUGUCUGGAAUUUUGCAAAAUUCAAUGUUUUUGAAGGUGGCAGUGAGCAUUUUGGAGUAAACUCAUUCCACUGGUACUUUUCAGAAGGUUUGUUUUCUGUUUUGACGGUUCAUUUGUUCCCAGUAAUUUUAGGAGUUUUGCUAGCAUUAGUGAAACGAGAAGUUAGUCUUGUUCCUUUUUUACUGACAGCGUUUUACGUUACUUUUCAUAGCUUUUUGGCUCAUAAAGAGCAUCGAUUUCUUUUGCCUGUGAUACCUUUGCUGUGUUUAUACGCGGGGCAUUUUUUUGCAACAGCGUCUCGACAGCUGUCAGUAUCAAAGCUGUUUCUGUGCUUUACGCUCGUUACUGUCAACAUUUCGUUGGCGUCAUAUUUUUGUAUGUACCAUCAGUCAGGCCCAUAUAAAGUUUCCGAAUUUAUUGCUUCUGAUGCUGCUUUAAGAAAUUAUUCUCAUAUUGGUGUACUGCAGUUGAUGCCAUGUUACUCUAUGCCGCAGUAUUCACAUUUGCAUGGAUUUGAUUUAUCUGUUCGUGCUCUUGAUUGUUCUCCGAACUUGAACCGUACAAAUUCCUAUGUUGAUGAGGCAGAAAAAUUUUUUAGUGGUCCAGAAAAUUUUGUUUCUUCGACAAAUGUGCUUUCGAAUGCCACAUAUGUUGUAGCAUAUUCGAAAAUGUACGAAAGAUUGCUUCCACUAUUGGAACAAGCUAAUUUUACUAAACGUGAAUGUUUUUUUCAUGCUCAUUUUCUGACCUCAGAACGUCAAGAUAGUCGUAUAUGUAUUGGCCUUAAGGGUUGA